AGCUGGCGGGGAUGUGAGUGCGGGGCCGGGCGGGGGUCCCUGGGGGCAGAGCUGGCGGGGAUGUGCCAGCGACAUCGAGCGGCUCCUGGCCGCGCUCUGCAGCCAGCGGGAUGCUCUGGUGGAGGCCGCGAGGAAGCUGCUGACGGAUGAGCGGGCUCCCCGCAGGCAGAAGCUGCUGGCAGAUCUCAUCCACAACCUAAGCGAAAACAUCCUGGCCGAGGACAAGGAGGACGACAAGAAGUGGUUUGAAGGGCUGGAGUCUCGGUUCAAGAACAAAUCCAGCUACAUGAGGCACAGCUGUGAGAGCAGAAUGCGGGGCUACAUGAGAGAGGUUAGUGGUUUUAUUUCAAACGUUCAUCCUGCAGCAAGAGACGCCUACAGAGGGGUAAUCGACCUGAUGGCAGAGAAACUGAAAUCUGUGAAGUAUAACGGGUGCUACUUUGACAGAAGGGAGGAGGAGGAGGCAGCACGUCUGUGCACUGCGGAGGGGUGGUUCUCCUGUCAGGGACCUUUUGACAGAGAUGACUGCCCGUGCAAGCAUUCCAUCAACCCCUACAGCAACAGGGAGAGCAGGAUCCUCUUCAGCACCUGGAAUCUCGAUCACGUGUAUGUACAAAGUGUUAAUCCAGACUUACCUGAUUCAUGCCUUUCUGCUCCAUCAGGAAUGGUUUAGCCUUAGUCUUUACCCCCCUGCUCUGCUACGAAUAUUUUGUGAGAAAAGGUGCUGGGAUGCUGCAGCUG